AAUUGCGCUGUGUGCAGUUAAUGACGCGUUAACGACACGUUAACAAGCGCGUAAACAACGCGUUGAAAGUCACGUAUGUUUGAACUAGCGGGCUUUCCAUACGGUGACGACGUCAGUCCAACAUGGCGGCACACAUAGCACGGUUUUCUCUAAUAUUCCGUCGCGGUGCAGGAGCACACGUGAUUCCACAGCACGUGAAACCGAGGAGUGUUUUAACACGAGACAUUAACAACACGCUACAGAUAAGUGUUGGUUACGGGACCAGAGGGACAAACGGCACACAGGAUGCACAGGUGCACAUUCCAGUGGAGCGUCUGACAGUGUCUUACAGCAGAAGCAGUGGUCCUGGUGGUCAGCACGUCAAUAAAGUCAGCACGAGAGCAGAGGUCCGGUUCAAUGUGAAAACAGCAGACUGGAUCCCAGAAGAUGUCAGAAGGAAAAUCUUUGAAAAGAACAAAAACUGCAUCAAUAAGGCCGGGGAGCUGCUGGUGACCUCUCAGCUGAGCAGGAGUCAGCAGAGAAACCUCUCUGACUGUAUCCAGAAGAUCUCUGCCAUCAUAGCAAAGGCCAGCGAGAAACCGCAUGAACCGACAGAAGAAGACAUCGCUCUCAGAGAAGACAGGUUAGAGAAGAGGAACAGGGAGCGGCUCAACCAGAAGAAGAUCCAUUCAGCCAUGAAGAAGAGCAGACGAGUGGACUUUGACUAACUGACUGACUGAUUAUUAUUUUGUCAUUAAUUUUCUGUGAAUUAAAAGUAAGUAGCAGUGUAUAUUGUAUAGCAAAAAAUAGACCAGUGUCAAAUGUUUUAAUGUAAACUUCUGUAACUGUUGACUGGUGUUAUCUGUGUUCUGCAGCUACUGAUGUGAUAUAUUCAGAUAUUUGUCAAAAAAAGAGGCCUAAAACUAUAAAUGAUAUAUAAAACACACUGUCAAAUAUAAAUCCUCUGUGAGGUAUACACUGUAUAUAAAUGUAUACAUGCAUGUACUGUACAUAACUGCCUUUGUUUUGUUUUUUUUUACAAAUUACAGAAGUACUUGACUUGUAUAUAGAUAUUGUACAUUAUUAGUCAUCAUUGCUUUUUAUAUGGAAUAUAUGUAUACACCAGUUUCCCACCUACUUGUAUGUAUUUAAUAGUUAUAUGUUUAUUUAUUAUUCUAUUAUUCUAUAGUCCUUGUAUGUGUACACAUAUUCUCCAUAGUCAAUAAAGCUGAUUGUGAUAUCUAGUAUGUGCUAAAGUGUUGUGUAAAUAUUAAGUGGCAAUAUUCCUAUUCAGAUCACGAAAUAGUGCGGAAAUUACAGAAAUGAAGUGUAGAGGAAGAUGGAACUGUAAUGUUGAAGAAGAAAUGCUAUUCUCACUGAGUGAGAUGUGCAGAUGUCAGAAAAGUGGAAAAUUAGCAGAGGAUGGUUUCGAUCCAUCGACCUCUGGGUUAUGGGCCCAGCACGCUUCCGCUGCGCCACU